GACGCGCCCGCGUCCUAUAUAGUUCUUUCUACUUCUCCCUCGACGAUAUCCCGUCCUCUCCGCUUCUUCUCCCCUGCAAACAUGCCGCGCGCCGGCCUGUUGAGGCGCAUCUCCCCCCUCCUCGUCACUGCUUACCUUUUAUUCCAUGGGUUGACCUGGAUGUGGGUGGGCAUGCAAUUUCUUUGUGGAUCUUCUUUGGUCUCGUCCUUCAUUCCAUUUUGCGGCGUCGUCAAGCCCAACCUGACCGUCUGGGCUGCUCUACCACUUCUGCUUGGGUCCCAGUCAAACGGCAUGGAGCAGGUGCUCAACCAAACCAACGCCCACUCCGACAUCGUCGUCGACCUUCUCGACGCGCGCGUAGCAUCCGUCGAUUUGUCCAUCCUCGUACACUCGAGCAGUCUGGAGUACCGCAUCGAAAUCUCCAGCCUCAUUGAGCAACUCGCGCACGAUGCUCUCGAUCUCAAUCGGGGCCUACAGCAUCUCUCGGCGAAGAUCGCAGCUGGUUUCGACAGAAUCACUUUGACAAACGAGCACCUAUAUCGUUUGCUACGCAGCUCUUCUGGCCACGACUCCAGUGUUCGUCCUUGCGACCCUCCUCCCCUCUCCGGCGGAACACAGGCCUGCCUCCUCCAACGCUCCUACCCUGACGUCACGCGUGCAUACGAACGGGCCCUACAGACCUACGAGUUCGUGCUGCGGGAGCUCAUGCAAACGAGCGCGGUCGCUUUGUCGAAAGCUGCCAUCUUUGACGCGGACCUCGUUGCAACCAUGAAUGUCAUAGCGCUGGAGAAGUUUAGCGUCGAGGGAGCACGCAAGGACCUGGGGCUAGGCUGGCUGUGGAGCCUCCUUGGCGGUAGUAGGCACGAAUUUGUGAAUUUGGCUCGGAACGAACACGUUCUGCAGCGCGUUGGAGACUACAGCGCCAGGUCUCUGCGUUACGUCAGGACGAUCCAAGAUAUCCUCGAGGGUAUGGAACGUCACCUAGAGGAACUACGCCUUGUCGCAGCCGGUGCUUUGGUCGCCGAGCCCGCUUCCCCGGAGGUCGUCCUGCAGAUGCUCGCCAGAGGCUUCGAGCGUUUGGGUAGUGCUCGCGCUGGCGUUACGGAGCGUCGUAUUCCAACGCCUAUGGUCGAAGGGUCCUGAAGUGGUAGUCAGCCUGAGAGUCGUUGAUUCAAACCCCACGAGUCGGGAACUCGAGCUCGUACCGCCUAUGCGCUGGCUCGCAUGAAUUGUUCCUUCUUUCCUGUUCUCUUGUCGCAUCCCCAAAGCUGCAUAAACGCGCCUCAGCCGUAGUCAGCGAUGUUUCAUGGACUUUUCACGAUAGGCUUGUUCUUACCUUGACCAAUGUCAGUUGUGACGUAUGAUGUUCAGGCUUUCGGGCGGAACGACCAGCACA